AUGGAUUUCAACCGAAUAAAAGAAAAACUUGGAUUUAGUGGAGAAUUUCACCAGUUCAAAGAAGAAAUCUCUAAACGCUUCAAAUCACAUACUGAUCAACUUGUAUUGAUAUUUGCUGGAAAAAUUUUAAAAGAUCAAGAUACUUUGAGUCAGCAUGGAAUUCACGAUGGACUCACUGUUCACCUGGUUAUCAAAACGCAAAACAGGUCUCAAGAUCAUUCAGCUCAGCAGACAAAUAGCACUGGGGGCAAUGUUACCACGUCAUCAGCUCCAAAUAGUAACUCUACAUCUGGUUCUGCUACUAACAAUCCCUUUGGAUUAGGUGGCCUUGGAGGGCUUGCAGGUCUGAGUAGCUUGGGGUUGAACACCACCAACUUCUCUGAACUACAGAGCCAAAUGCAGCGACAACUUUUGUCCAACCCUGAAAUGAUGGUGCAGAUCAUGGAAAAUCCCUUCGUCCAGAGCAUGCUUUCAAAUCCUGACCUGAUGAGGCAAUUAAUUAUGGCUAAUCCACAGAUGCAGCAGUUGAUACAGAGAAAUCCAGAAAUUAGUCAUAUGCUGAAUAAUCCAGAUAUUAUGAGACAAACAUUGGAACUUGCCAGGAAUCCAGCAAUGAUGCAGGAAAUGAUGCGAAACCAGGACCGAGCCUUGAGCAACCUAGAAAGUAUCCCAGGGGGAUAUAAUGCUUUACGGCGCAUGUACACGGACAUUCAGGAGCCAAUGCUGAGUGCUGCACAAGAGCAGUUUGGUGGUAAUCCAUUUGCUUCCUUAGUGAGCAAUACAUCUUCAGGUGAAGGAAGUCAGCCUUCUCGUACAGAAAAUAGAGAUCCACUACCCAACCCAUGGGCUCCACAGACUUCCCAGAGUUCUUCAGCUUCUAGUGGCACCACCAACACUGUGAGUGGCACUGCUGGUAGUGCUACCAGUGGCAAUGUUGGGCAGAGUACUACUGGGCCAAAUUUGGUGCCUGGAGUUGGAGCUAGUAUGUUCAACACACCAGGAAUGCAGAGCUUGUUGCAACAAAUAACUGAAAAUCCACAACUUAUGCAGAACAUGUUAUCUGCCCCCUACAUGAGAAGCAUGAUGCAGUCCCUGAGCCAGAAUCCUGACCUUGCUGCACAGAUGAUGCUGAAUAAUCCCCUAUUUGCUGGAAAUCCUCAGCUUCAAGAACAAAUGAGACAACAGCUCCCAACUUUCCUCCAACAAAUGCAGAAUCCUGAUACACUGUCAGCAAUGUCAAACCCUAGAGCAAUGCAGGCCUUGUUACAGAUCCAGCAGGGUUUACAGACUUUAGCAACAGAAGCCCCUGGCCUUAUCCCAGGAUUUACUCCAGGUCUGGGGGCCUUAGGAAACACUGGAGGCUCUUCAGGAACCAAUGGGUCUAACGCUGCACCUAGUGAAAACCCAAGCUCUACAGCAGGCACCACUGAACCUGGACACCAGCAGUUCAUUCAGCAAAUGCUGCAGGCUCUUGCUGGAGUAAACCCUCAGCUACAGAAUCCAGAAGUCAGAUUUCAGCAACAACUGGAACAGCUCAGUGCAAUGGGAUUUUUGAACCGAGAAGCAAACUUGCAAGCGCUGAUAGCAACAGGCGGUGACAUCAAUGCAGCCAUUGAAAGGUUACUGGGCUCUCAGCCAUCAUAGCAGCAUUUCUGUAUCUUGAAAAAAUGUAAUUUAUUUUUGAUAACGGCUCUUAAAUCUUUAAAAUACCUGCUUUAUUUCAUUUUGACUCUUGGAAUUCUGUGCUGUUAUAAACAAGCCCAAUAUGAUGCAUUUUAAGGUGGAGUGCAGUAAGUUCGUGGGUUAUUCUGUGCUUUUCUUUUUUGGAACAGUGGGAAUCACUGCUUUUCAUUUAAGUCUACUGCAUGCAUCAAACACUUCUGCAUUCAUUGUAAUUUUUUAAAAGCAUCACCUCUUAUAGUUGGGUGAACAGAUUUGUCUUGCAUCUGUCCAGUUUAUUUGCUUUUUAAACAUUAGCCUAUGGUAGUAAUUUAUGUAGAAUAAAAACAUUAAAAAAAGAAGUAAAUCAUUUGGGCUCUAUAAUUUGUGGUAUAAUAUUGCUUAUUGUGACUGGCAUGUAUUUUUGCAACAAAUGCUGUAAGAUUUAUACUAUGGACAACUUUUGCUUUAUUUGUAUACAGUACAAAGUGCAUAUUUGGGACCACAUUUUUAGAAACGUGUUAAUGUGUUAGGUUAUGUGCACAGAGCACUUGUAACCAAUGAAGUAAGGCCAGGAAAUACUCCUAAAGCUUAGUGUUUCCUACCUGUGUGGAAUCUUACAGCGUCUUUGAUAACAGCACCCAGCAAAGAGUGCCAGAUGAAUACGGUAGAGAAGCUGAUUUGGUUGUCUGUUUAGGGCCAUAUAAUUGUAUAGACAGCAUAAUGUAACAUUGUCUCAGCAUUCACAGAUGGACUGUAAAUUACCUUAAUCCUUGUUCAGAUGGAAGGAGCUUCGUAGCUUGUAACCUAAACUGCCUUUUCCUAGGAUUUUUCAGCUUUUCCCAUAUGUAGUUUAAGAGGCAUUACGAUUAGCAAUUGAAAUGUUUUCACUGAAAUUGUUAAUGUUUCAGUUACUUUUAAUCACCAUAUAAAAAAUAGGAUUAUCUUUUGGUUUUAUCAGUUUUCUCAUGCACAGGCAGUAUGUGAAUUUAAAAUGAUUUGUGAGGCACAUGUUUCUGAAGUGUUUGGAUAGUUCUAUUAAAAAAUAGUUAAAUGUUGUGCUUUUCAGAGCCUCAGAGGGGGGGAAAUGGGGGAGGGGGGCAAGACCAAAUUGAUCCUGGAUUAGGCCAGCCUAAACUAAAUAAUACUGGCAGCCAAGACUCUGUUAGAAUUUCUGUGCAUUUAGUAUAGUAAUGAAGUGUCAUUUGGGGUGAAAAACAAAGAGCCGUUUUAACAAUGUUGAGUACAUUUGGCUAUUUUACAGCCUUUUUCUUCCCUCCCCAAAGAAGUUCUGUUUGCCUAACUCUCAAAUUCUUGGGGUGGUACAUUCCUUUAGGACCAAUUAAAACAUAGCAUUGGGGUCAGUAAUACAUUUGGCUGACUGGUACAGUAUUCUCUUAGGUCAUAUUCUCUCAUGUACAGUUACAGGAAUUAUAAUGUUAAAGUAACCUAAAUGGUUCAGACCAAUAAAAUUAAGGAAAAUACAGGUUGAAUUUCAUUAAUUCUAUAAGUUGCUUGCUAUUAAUAAAGGUCUAGAGGACAGACUGCCCACCAGUCCACGCACUGUUGUGAUAUCUUCCCCAGGAGGCAGACAUGCUCCAGAGCUCACGGAGGAGGCAUGGCUGGAUGUUGUUGAGGGUGUGUUCUGUGGCUUGGUGCUUUCUGCCUUAUGCCUUGGCUGGUUUAAAGACUUUUGUACUAAUGAGUGGCAGUAUACAGUGUGGGACAGUGUCAUAACCAGUUUGAUGAUUUAUUAAUCACAAAGUAACAAUAAAUCUCUAGCUUUUACA